AAAAAUAAAUAUAAGGGCGGCCAUCUUUGUUUCUCUGCCUUGUAGUGUAAAAUAUUCCAAAACGCCCCCCACUUUUUGUGUGUCGAUUUGAAUAUUAAAUAAAUAUCAUAAUUCGGAAGGAAUACACUUUUAGAUCUCGCGGAUCGGGGUCACCGACGGGAAUAUAAUGUCCUCUCUUCUCCGUUCUUGUGAGGAAGAUGAGGGCACGGCGGUUAAUUCCGAGGGAGGAGAUUUUGAUGAAGAAGAAGAAGACGACGGAGACCUGGACGAGAACGCAAGCGACAUAAACUCGCCGGCGGCGCCUAGAGAAACUGCAGCGAGAGCCGCGCCAGAUGAUGGAGACGACAUUGGUGAGACAUCGGACAGGGACAACCUGGGGAAAAAGAAACGAGGCCCUAAAAAAAAAAAGGAGACGAAAAAGAAAGAUAAGGACAAGGAGGGCAAGAUGGCCAAAGCACGCAAGCGGAAAAAAAUAGACAGUGAUGUAGAAAGGGACUCUGAGCCGGACUAUGCCGUGAACUCUGACAGCGCUGCCAGUGAUUAUGGAGGAGAAAAGAAAAAGAAGAAGAAACACAAGGACAAAAAAGAGAAGAAAACCAAGAAAAAGAAGAAAGAGGAUGAAGACAGCACACACGAAGAGACCACAAAGCCGGUAGAGAUGAAAACGUCGGCCCAGCUGGCUAGAGAGUGGGGACUGGAGGAUGUCGAUCACACAUUCACUGAAGAAGAUUACCGCACACUAACCAACUACAAAGCCUUCAGCCAGUUCAUGAGACCCAUGAUUGCUAAGAAGAACCCUAAAAUCCCCAUGUCCAAGAUGAUGACCAUUCUGGGGGCCAAAUGGAGGGAGUUCAGCUCCAAUAAUCCAUUUAAAGGGUCGGCAGCGGCCGUCGCUGCUGCAGCAGCCGCCGCCGCCGCCGCCGUUGCUGAGCAGGUCUCCGCAGCAACAGCCUCCCCUGAACCUCCACCUCAGCCACCACCGCUCCGCAAGGCCAAGACCAAAGAAGGCAAAGGUCCUGGCUAUAAGAAACGCAGUAAGAGUCCUCGUGUCUCGGAUAAGAAGAAGCCAAAGCCCAAGAAAAUGGCUCCUCUGCGUAUUAAACUGGGAGCUCUUGGUAACAAGAGGAAGAAGAGCAGUUCGAGUGAGGAAGUGGAUGAGGACGAUUCUGAGCAGGAGAACUCCAGCGUUCACAGUUCUUCAGUCCGCUCUGACAGCUCGGGACGGAUCAAGAAGAACAAAAGGGGUCGCCCAGCAAAGAAAAAGAAAAAGAUGCUGGGUGAUGAGGACGGUGAUGGCUAUGAGACUGACCAUCAGGACUACUGCGAGGUGUGUCAGCAGGGAGGAGAGAUCAUUCUGUGUGAUACCUGUCCUCGAGCAUACCACCUGGUGUGCCUUGAGCCUGAGCUUGAGAAAGCCCCAGAGGGCAAGUGGAGCUGCCCUCACUGCGAGAAAGAAGGGAUCCAGUGGGAAGCCAAGGAAGAAGACUUUGAAGACUUUGAAGAAGAGUGUGAUGAUGUCCGGGAUGUGGAGGUAGGGCUGGGAGGAGAGGAAGAAGAGGAUGAUCACAUGGAGUUCUGUCGUGUGUGUAAAGAUGGAGGAGAGCUGCUGUGCUGUGACUCCUGCCCGUCAUCUUAUCACAUUCACUGCCUGAACCCCCCUCUGCCCGAGAUCCCCAACGGAGAGUGGCUCUGUCCACGCUGCACUUGUCCAGCAAUCAAAGGGCGAGUGCAAAAAAUUCUGCACUGGCGAUGGGGUGAUCCUCCACCCCCUGUUCCUGUUCCUCCACCCCCAGACGCACCACCCGAUGCACCGCCCCCUCCGCCUAUGAAGGGUCGUCCGGAGAGAGAGUUCUUUGUGAAGCUCGCAGGACAGUCCUACUGGCACUGCACCUGGAUCACAGAGCUACAGCUCGAGAUCUUCCAUUCUGUGAUGUUCCGGAACUAUCAGAGGAAAACGGACAUGGACGAGCCGCCCAGUCUGGACUAUGGCUCUGGGGGAGAAGAGGAUUCUGGGAAGAGUGAGAAGCGGAGGGCCAAAGACCCUCAAUACGCCAUUCUAGAGGAGAAGUACUACAGAUAUGGCAUCAAGCCCGAGUGGAUGAUGGUGCACAGGAUAAUCAAUCACAGCGUGGAUAAGAAAGGUAACUACCACUACCUGGUUAAAUGGAGAGAUCUGACCUAUGACCAGUGCACCUGGGAGAGAGAUGAGCUUGACAUCCCUGAGUUCAGUGCACACAAAACGGCGUACUGGAGACACAGGGAAGAAGUGAUGAAGGAGGACCCAGAGAAGCCGAGGAAAAUGAGGAGGAGAGAGGAGAACGAUGACGCUCCAAGUACCCCUGUUAAUGAUCCUACAAUCAAGUAUGAAGAACAGCCGGACUUUGUGACAGAGACGGGAGGGACGCUGCAUCUCUAUCAGCUGGAGGGGCUGAACUGGCUGCGUUUCUCCUGGGCACAGGGAACAGAUACCAUUCUAGCCGAUGAAAUGGGCUUGGGCAAGACCAUCCAGACUAUUGUUUUCCUCUACUCGCUUUUUAAAGAGGGACACACUAAAGGGCCGUUCCUGGUGAGCGCUCCAUUGUCCACUAUCAUUAACUGGGAGAGGGAGUUUGAGAUGUGGGCUCCUGACUUCUACGUUGUCACUUACACCGGCGACAAGGACAGCCGAGCCAUCAUCCGUGAGAACGAAUUCACCUUUGACGACACGGCGGUGAAGGGAGGAAAGAAAGCCUUCAAAUUACGGAGAGAAGCGCCCAUUAAGUUCCACGUGUUGUUGACGUCCUAUGAGCUUGUGACCAUAGACCAGAAUGUUCUCAAGUCCAUUGAAUGGGCCUGUCUUGUAGUGGAUGAAGCCCACCGCCUCAAAAACAACCAGUCCAAGUUCUUCAGAAGACUCAACGACUACAAGAUAGACCAUAAGCUGCUGCUAACAGGAACUCCACUCCAAAACAAUCUGGAAGAACUUUUCCAUCUUCUGAACUUCCUGACACCCAACCGCUUCAAUAAUCUAGAGGGUUUUCUAGAGGAGUUUGCAGACAUCUCUAAAGAGGACCAGAUUAAGAAACUGCAUGAUCUGCUCGGCCCACACAUGCUCCGGAGACUCAAAGCCGACGUGUUUAAGAACAUGCCGGCCAAAACUGAGCUGAUUGUCCGAGUGGAGCUCAGCCCCAUGCAGAAAAAAUACUACAAGUUCAUUCUGACGCGUAAUUUCGAGGCGCUGAAUUCUAAGGGAGGAGGAAACCAGGUGUCUCUGCUCAACAUUAUGAUGGACCUAAAAAAGUGCUGCAACCACCCCUACCUCUUCCCCGUUGCUUCUGCCGAAGCUCCCAAAACACCAAGUGGAGCAUAUGAAGGUGCAGGUCUCACUAAGGCUUCUGGGAAACUAAUGCUGCUGCAGAAAAUGCUCAGAAAACUGAAAGAGCAAGGCCACAGAGUGCUGGUGUUCUCUCAGAUGACCAAGAUGCUGGAUUUGCUGGAGGAUUUCCUGGAUUAUGAGGGUUAUAAAUAUGAGCGAAUUGAUGGAGGCAUCACUGGAGCUCUCCGACAGGAAGCCAUCGAUAGAUUCAACGCUCCCGGGGCGUGUCAGUUUUGUUUUCUUCUCUCUACACGAGCGGGCGGUCUGGGAAUCAACUUGGCCACCUCGGACACUGUCAUCAUCUUUGACUCUGACUGGAAUCCUCACAACGACAUUCAGGCGUUCAGCCGAGCUCACCGUAUUGGUCAGGCCAAUAAGGUGAUGAUAUAUCGGUUUGUGACUCGUGCCUCCGUGGAGGAACGAAUCACUCAGGUGGCCAAAAGGAAGAUGAUGCUCACGCACCUGGUGGUGCGGCCCGGUCUGGGCUCAAAAGCUGGAUCCAUGUCUAAACAGGAGCUGGACGACAUCCUCAAGUUUGGCACGGAGGAGCUUUUCAAGGAUGAGAUUGAGGCAGGGGACAAUAAGGAUGAUGACAGCAGCGUAAUUCACUACGACAACGCCGCCAUCGAGCGUUUGCUAGACCGCAGCCAGGACGCCACGGACGACUCUGACAUGCAGAACAUGAACGAGUAUCUAAGCUCCUUCAAGGUGGCCCAGUACACUGUCAGAGAAGAUGACAAGAUAGAGGAGAUAGAGAGAGAGAUCAUUAAGCAGGAAGAGAAUGUGGAUCCGGAUUACUGGGAGAAACUCUUGAGGCAUCACUAUGAACAGCAGCAGGAAGAUCUGGCCCGCAAUCUCGGCAAAGGAAAGAGAGUCCGCAAACAGGUCAACUACAAUGACGCGGCUCAGGAGGACCAAGAGUGGCAUGCUGACAUUUCAGAUAAUCAAUCAGAAUACUCUGUGGGCUCAGAGGAGGAAGAUGAGGACUUUGAUGAGAGGCCUGAGGGUCGCAGACAGUCACGCAGGCAGCUCCGAAACGAGAAGGAUAAACCACUGCCACCCCUAUUGGCCAGAGUGGGCGGCAACAUUGAGGUACUGGGCUUCAAUACGCGCCAGAGAAAAGCCUUCCUGAAUGCCAUAAUGAGAUGGGGGAUGCCAGCUCAGGACGCCUUUUCUUCUCAGUGGCUCGUGCGAGACCUCCGCGGCAAGAGUGAAAAAGAGUUCAAGGCGUACGUGUCGCUCUUCAUGAGGCACCUCUGUGAACCGGUGGCUGACGGUUCAGAGACGUUCGCCGACGGUGUCCCGCGCGAGGGGCUCUGCAGGCAGCCGGUUCUCACGCGGAUAGGGGUCAUGUCUCUGGUAAAAAAGAAGGUCCAAGAGUUUGAGCACAUUAAUGGGAAAUGGAGCAUGCCUGAACUGAAGCCAGAGAUUACCUUGGACUCCAAGAAAUCUUCAAGAGCUUCUUCACCUGCCAUUAAGACAGAUACUCCCACACCUGAAAUGAGCUGCAACAACACACCUUGCACCUCCAAACCAGCCACUCCCUCUCCACCCGACAAGAUAGAAAAGAGCUCGAAAGAGGCAGAGAAAGACGAGUGUGAAUCCCUGACAGAACCAGAAAGAGAGAGAGAGAAGGAAAAAGCAAAAGAAGGGAAGGAGGGGGAGAGUGUGGAAAGCACAGAACAUGGAGAGUCUUCCACCACCGUGAAAGAGGGUGAAAAAGACCCUGUAACCAGUGAAAAAGCUUCUGAAAGUCCAACAAAAGCUUCUGAUGACUCAAAAACAAAAGAAAGCCCUGCCGCCUCUCAGUUUUCUCCAAAAGAAAAGAGUGAAAAAGAAAAACAAGAAGAGGAGAGCACUGAAAAAGAGGCCUCCCUAGAGAAAACGUCAGAUUCUCCAUCUGUUAAAGAUGAGAGCAGAGAGGCAUUAAAAGGGGACAAGGGGGAGAAAAAAGAAAAGGCUGGAGAAGAGAAAGAGAAAAGUGAACUGACGUCUCUUUCCACAGAAACAACAGAAAAGAAAGAGAAAUUAGAUCAAUCCUCAGAUGUCAAAAAAGAGGACGUGAAGGGUGAAAAAGAUGCUGUGAGAGAGGUCAGAGGCCAGAGGGAGGAGGUGCCCAAAGGUAACGGCAAACCCACGGAGCGUCCACGGUUCAUGUUCAAUAUCGCAGAUGGAGGAUUCACAGAGCUCCACACUCUCUGGCAGAACGAGGAGCGGGCGGCCAUUUCAUCAGGCAAGAUCAAUGAGAUCUGGCACCGGCGACACGACUUCUGGCUGCUGGCAGGCAUCGUGUGCCACGGCUAUGCACGGUGGCAGGACAUUCAGAACGACCCGCAGUUCGCCAUCGUUAACGAACCUUUCAAAACUCAAGCCAACAAGGGCAACUUCUUAGAGAUGAAAAACAAGUUCCUGGCAAGGCGCUUUAAGUUGCUAGAGCAGGCCCUGGUGAUAGAGGAGCAGCUGCGUCGCGCUGCGUACCUCAACAUGACCCAGGACCCGACUCACCCGGCCAUGGCACUGAACGCCCGCUUUGCUGAGGUUGAAUGUCUAGCCGAGUCCCAUCAACAUCUCAGCAAGGAAUCGCUCGCAGGAAACAAACCUGCCAAUGCCGUCUUGCAUAAGGUUCUUAACCAACUAGAGGAGCUUCUGAGCGACAUGAAGGCAGACGUAAUGCGGCUCCCGGCCACACUUUCUAGAGUCCCGCCGAUCACAGCCCGCCUGCAGAUGUCAGAGAGAAGCAUCCUCAGCAGACUGGCCAACAAAGGCAACGAGACACUCACGCCGCCGCCUAUUCCUCCAGGCCCAUACGCCACCCCACAGAAUUACGGCCCUCCCUUCACACCUGCACCUUCAGCGGCUCUCACUCUGGCUGGGGCCAACUACAGCCAGAUGCCCCCUGGGGCUUUCAUAUCAGAAGCUCCGUCCUGCCUGAAGACCAAGGAACAUGACGUGCUGCAGCGCCAGAGGGUGGUGGACCUGUGGAAGGAUGGCAAGUCGGAAGGGUCAAUCGGGCAGGAGCUUCGCAUGCCCAAAUCCACCGUGCACAGCAUCAUCGUCAAGUACCGCCUCAGCAACACGGUGGAGAACCUGCCACGCAACGGAAGGCCCAAAAAACCAUGACCUGAAAGAGCUAUUGAUGGAGGACAGACGGGAUGAAGUGACUGUAGAAUGUGGGCAGCUAGGGAAAAAAUGAUAAAUAAACUAGACAGCAUUGUUCUGAAAAUACUGUAGAUGAAAGAAAAUUGUAGCAGGCUGCUGGACUUCUUGAGAAAAGAUACUCUACGGUCGCAAUGGUUAAUAACACAUAGACCAAACGAGCAAAUGCAAAAGAGAGAAAUAAAGUAGAGAAAAGGGAGCUGAAACAAGAGCCGUUUGGACGAUGAAAACACAGACCUCUUCUUCCACUUCUGCCCUUUCCAGCACUUUUUUUUCUCUCUCUAUCUCUCUUCCACUCUCGCUCUCUUUCCCCUUGCCCCCUCCGUUCCCUUUCUUUCAUCUGUCGGUCCGAGAGAAGUCUCAGCAGAUUAAUUUUUCAUUUGGCCGAAGGAGCGAGAGCGUUCGUUUAAGUGCCCGAAACCUUCCCUCCCUAAUUCCACCACAAAUCACUAUUUCUCUGCAUCCCUUUAUACAGUAUCUCUCUUUCUUUUAUCAUUUAUCCUCUCUCCUUCUGUCGUUCUCUCUCACACGCACAUGCAACCUCACAGUGUCAGAAGUGAAGGAUUCCAAAGACGGCAGUUUUUCCAAAAUACCACAAGUUUGUUUUCUGUCAUUAAAACCCCUGACCCAAUCAAAACAGUUUUGGAGCAGAGGCACAGUGGAGUGGAACUAUCUUUUUUCCUGGAAACUGCGGAUCUCUUAAAAAACUCUCCAGCCACGGACUCUCUGCGUUCCUAAACCAGGACUGCGAAAUGUUAAAAUGGCAUGAAAUCGCUAUAUAUAUAUAUGAAGACUGACUUUUCAUCACAGCAAUCCAGUGGGGCGAUGCAGACAGAUAUAUAUAUCUGCACCUGAUCUGAGAUCAGUUGUAUGAUUUUCCAGCACUAUCCCAAUGAAGGAAUUCACUGAUCCCAGGUCAGAAGACCUUCAUGCUGAAGCACGCACAUGAUUCAACCUGUCUGACCAAAUUCCUGCGCUGUGCUAGAGCCAGAUUCAAUCCCCAGCAGGACGUUUAUACAGUACAAGACUGUUGUAUGAGAACUCCCUGCAUUCUACAAAAAUGCACAAACACACCCACAUGUGCACACUCAUGCACGCUUGAGAGCCACUUAAGUAGCUCUGUAUUUUCCACCACAUGGUGUGUUUUAUUGUAGUGGCCGAGUGUGCGUGUGUGCGCAUGCAGUAUCAAUGAACUGAAGCUAAUUGUGCGUAUGUUUGUGUUCGGUUGGGGUUUAAACAGUACGAGUGAAGAUUCAGGGCUGCUGGUGCAUGGGUUCUUCUGUGCGAGUGAUUAAUUGUGUGAGUGCGAUGGUUGUUUGAAUAGGCUGGGUCACUGAGGCCAGCUGCCAUCUCUGCAUGCUUGUUGGUUUGCUGAGACUUAGAAGCAGGCUGGUGCUCAGAAGCAAAACUUGGUGCCCUCAGAUAAUGUUUGGUCAGAGAGAGUGGCAUACAAAGAAAGAUGGUGAAAAGCAGACGGUAUCGGAAUAACAGUUUUAUGGGUGAUUGUUUGGAUAUUUUCAGAAGUGAUUAAUGUUCGAAUUCGGAUGAAAGCAAAUUUUUUUUCUGUAUUUUACAUAAAAGCAAGUUAAUUAACAUGUUGCCCAGUGCUCUCUUCCAAAUUGAUAGCUGUAAAACCAAAUGUAGGUGUAUAAAAGUGGGUUUUACUAAACACUAUGGCCAAUGAAGAUGAAAUACAAUAAAUCAGAAAUGUUACAAAAAUGUUGUUUACAGGAACAGGGUUUGUAGGGAUUGUUUAACGUUUAGAAAGACGUCUCUCAUAUUCACCAAGACUACAUUCAUUUGAUACAUUUGAUGCUCAAGAAUAUUUUUUUAUUAUUGUCAAUGUUGAUAACCGUAGUACAUCUUUCAGGAUUUUUAUUGAAAAGAUUGUUGUUGUUUUUUAAUUUUUUACUGACCCCUAACUUUUGAACAGUACUGUAUUCAUGUUUUAAUAUAGUUUUAACUGAAUAAGUUUUCCUGUAAAGGAAAUCUUAUAUUUAUAUCUUAUUACAGUUACUGCUCUGUUAAAAAUAUAUUUACUGGUGUUGCAUAUAUUUCAAUGAAAUAAUUAAAUGGUAGAUUCAAAAUCUGAAUUUAACAUCUGACAAAUGUCAUCAAAUGAAUUUCUCGUUAAGUGAAGUCUUUUAAGUAAAACAAUUAAUAGAUAGUGAUAGCUGUUAUUUAAUUUGUUUUGAUUAUUACUCAUUAUUAUUGAUUUUAGCAAUUAAUCAGCUCUUAGUAAGAGAGACAGACAACCUGGGAAGAAUGACAAAUCUAAAAGAAAGAAUCAGUCUGAGUGAAUCAGUCAGAGAAGGACGGAAAGGCAGUCUGAUAGAAACACAUGGUCUGAGAGAGACAUUUUGGAAUAGAGAGAAAGUCUGAGUAAAAGUGGUAAUCUGAGAGAGACAGUCUGGGAAAAAGAAGACAGUGAGACAGUCUGGGAGAGAGACAGUCUGAGUGAGAAAGCCAGAUAGUUCCAAGAUUGUUGAUUGUAGAAGCAGAGAGUCAAGUCACUCUGAGAUCUGAAUCUGAGUAAUGAAUUAUUUUCCUUGGCUCGCGUUGCAGGAGUAUGCAGUACAACGUUCAGAGAUAUGAAAGUCACCCGGCGGGUUUCUAGCUCAGCAUUUCCCCCUUGUAAAGGAGCCCCAAUGCAUUCCGAGCUCUUUCCAGACGCGUUCCCAUCUGAAGGCCAUGCAUUCUUCUUCUCUUAUUGCAUGUUUACGAAACGGUGCCAGUCUUAAUCAGAUAAUUGAACUCAAGCGUUACCAUUAGCCUGUUCCAGUGCACACAUUUCUUUUUUUGCACACUCCAGAACAUUAAUCUCAGCCAAAACCUGUAGCACAACAAACGACUCUAGCGUUAUUGUCCUUGGAAAAACUUUGGUUGUGUAAUUUUGAGGAACAGAUGCCAAGAGGGAUUGUUCCUUUGAAGAUCUUGCAAGUGUUCCUUAGUUCCCUGCAUGUUUAGGCCUGAGACAAAACAGGUACCCCGAGUGCACAGUCAGUGUGGCUGUCAAUCACCUAUUUAGGAUGUUGUGCAACCAAUAAAUUACUUUUGGACUUUUAAGAAUGUCUUGAAAUAAAGAUGCAGUUCUUCAAACCAAAGGUAUUAAGUGCUAUAACCCCAUUUAUAAAGCAGAAUAGAAUAGAAUAGUCACAUUAGAAAAACUUUGGUGACAUUUCAUGGGCAAAAAUGGCCUGUUGUCAAUAGUUUAGCGAUGCAUGUAGCACUGCUCAAAUAAAAGUGACUUUCAAACCAAGCAACUUUUUGUUGGUCAGCGCAACAUGUUGGCGUUACCAUCUUGAAUGUGAGCAAAUUUGCUAAUCUCACGCAAAACACCUUACUGUGCAAAUUGCUGUCGAAAUGACUGGAUUUCACCUGUGUAAUUUUGCUGAGCAGUGGUAGGCUAAAUGUAUCCAUAACUUUAUAUCGUAGGUCAUUUAUAGUCAUUUCACGUGUUCACUAGAACACGUAAGGUACUGUAGGAUGUUCCCAGCAGGACAGUUAGACGUGACUCAGAAGUUUAUAAGUGACUCAGUUGAUGGUAUUUAUCAUGUCCGUCUGAGUCAUACUGUGAUUUUACGAUAAAAAUAAAAAUACAAGUACAGCAAAUUAAGCUAAAGAGUUUCAAACACUAUACACUCACUAUGUGCUUGUGUGUGGUGAACAAAAAUGAUCAGUACUGUUGUCCUCGCAUACAUUUCUUUAUAGAAGACAAGGUUUUGUAUUAUUAUUACUGUGUAUGGUAUAUAGUAUACUCUGACUGUAUGCAAGUUUAUCCAUUAAAAGAUGUCCAUAAUGGAGCGCAAUGUGGUUUUGUAUAUUUUUUUUUUCCUUGGCUAGGUAGGAUGCACAAUAAACUGGUGCUUUAUCUGUUAUUCAUCUUCAUUGGUUAAUUUAGAUAUUUAAUUGUGCAUGUGCAUAUCGCCUAUUUGUACAGAAAAAUGGCAUUAAUUGCUCAUGGUCAUGUCAUUUCAAACCUGUAGGACCUUUGUUCAUCUUCAGAACACACCAUUAAAAUAUUUUUAAAGUCCGUAAGCUUGCUGACACUCUAUAGACAGCCAUGCAAAUGACACAUUCAGGCCCAGAAAGGUAUUAAGGACAUAAUAAAAAUAGUCCAAGUGACUCAAGUGGUUCAAUUUUAAUUUUAUGAAGCUACAAGGAUACAAGCGUCCAUUCUGUUACUGUCUACGCAGGUAAAGUAAGCUGUCAGGAGUCAAAAAUAUCUUACUUUGUGUUCCAAAGAUGAACGAGGGUUUCCGAGGUUUAGAACGACUCGAGGGAGAGUAAUUAAUAACAGAAUUAGAAUUAGAUUUAGUUGUUGAGAUCAAAAACUUAAUGGAUGAUUUUCAUUUCAUGCCAAAAUGAAAUGUAAUAUUUCUCUUAAAAUGAUCUAUUUUGAUAUACUUUUAUUUGUAAUGUUGAUCCUCACAACAUUUUACACUACUGAAAUCUACAUGGUUUGUCUGGUAAUCAGUGAGCCAUCUCCAUUGUGCUCUUGGUCAUAUCGCCUUGUAUAGAAGCUAAAUAGCUUUCUAAACAAAAAAUUUACCCCUGAAUAGUGCAUGCUUGUUAUAGUAAACUUGAAGGGCAUGAAUACCCUGCAAUGACAGCAUUUUUUUUUUACCAAAUUUAAAAUUGAGGAACAACCUCAUCCUAAAACUAGAAAUAACACAAGCUUAUGGAUGAAUCACUAUUUCUGUGUGAAAAAAAAAAACACACACAUUUUUUCCCGCACAAAUAUGUGCAUUAUUCCUGUGAAUGAAAGCUAAUGAAACAGAAAGGGAAAAGAGGAAGGAGAAGUCAGCCAGUGAGAAAUGGAAAAUGUGAUUCGAAUAAAACGAUUAGAAGGUCAGAUUUCAUUUGUUUUGCUGUUUUGAUAUAAACAAAAAAAAUGAUAAUUAGUGUACAGAUC